GCAUUGGCGACGACGGCUUCCUCACGGUGGCCAAAACACGCCGGGGGAGACCGCUGGACCAGGAGGACCCUCCACCUCCCCCGAAGGCGUGCCAGGACGACUACACGGCGGUCGACAUGCUCGAGUUCCACUUGUACAUGGCCCGCAAAAAAGGAGGGCAAAAAGCGGUGGACGAUCUUUGCAUGGAGAUGGCGAGGGAAAGG